CGGACGUUCGCCAAUGGCUGUGCGUCGCGGCUGGGUAGCGUCCUGGGCCUGCCAACGAGGUUUUUUCAGCUGCGGGGAUAACUGGAAGGAUAAAAAUAUUGAGGGCCUUGUCUUCAAGGAAGGCCAAUUAAAAUGAGCUAUUUAGAGACAAUUCAGAAUGUCUUUGAACCCAGUGUAAGUUUUAAAAAGAGCAUUUUCGCUGCAUAAAGCACAUUCAAUAAAGGAUAUGGACAAUACUUUUCAGUUGGUGAGAAAUAUUAUACCUCCUCUAGCUACCAAGAAGCACAAAGGGCAAGAUGGAAGAAUAGGCAUAGUUGGAGGCUGCCAAGAGUACACUGGAGCCCCUUAUUUUGCAGCAAUUUCAGCUCUGAAAGUGGGUGCGGAUUUAUCCCACGUGUUCUGUACCCGGGAGGCCGCGCCUGUGAUCAAGUCUUACAGCCCGGAGCUGAUUGUUCACCCAGUUCUUGACCGCCCUGAUGCCGUUCACGAAGUGGAAAGGUGGUUGCCCCGACUGCAUGCCCUGGUCGUGGGCCCUGGCCUAGGGAGAGAGGAUGCUCUGCUCAAAAACGUCGAGGGCAUUUUAGAAGCAUCAAAGGCCAGAGCCAUCCCCGUCGUCAUUGAUGCGGAUGGGCUGUGGCUGGUCGCUCAGCAGCCAGCCCUCAUCCAGGGCUACCAGAAGGCCGUUCUCACACCCAACCACAUGGAGUUCACCAGACUCUGUGAAGCUGUGCUGAGAGACCCCGUGGAUGGCAGUGAUCGCCGUGAAGCUGUGCUCAGACUCAGCCAGGCCCUGGGGAAUGUGACCGUGGUCCAGAAAGGGGAGCAGGAUGUGAUCUCCGAUGGCAAACAGGUGCUCGAGUGCAGCCUACAGGGCAGUAACCGCAGGUGUGGUGGACAAGGAGACCUCCUGUCUGGCUCCCUGGGCGUUCUGGUGCACUGGGCACUCCGUGCCGGACCUGAGAAAACACAGGGUUUCAGCCCUCUCCUCGUGGCUGCCUUUGGUGCUUGCUCCCUCACAAGGCAGUGCAACCACCAAGCCUUCCAGAAGCACGGCCGCUCCACCAUGACCACCAACAUGAUUGAAGAAAUCGGACCUGCAUUCAGCAAACUCUUCGAAACCUGAGCCAGUGCAAACGGGAAGAAAGUGGGCACCGCGUUGGAAGAAGUUGCAUUCAUGCAUGUUGCAACAUCCACGUCCAAUAUGUCUGAAUCCUCUGGUACCAGAGCAACAUGGCUGUCUGGGAAGUUUGUAAGUCUAGGAUACACGGGUUGAUGUAGAGAAUUUAAAAAUUGGGAAUGCAGCACUUUUUGUGUAAAUUAAUACACAGUUUUGAGAUGUUAUGGUGACAUUCAACAAAGUACCCCUGAACUGUUCUUAGCUUCCUAGCAGUAAUGAAAAAAUGGAGAAUCAUUUGAGAAUGAGAAAACCUUUAACCAGCUCAACUGAAUUUGUGGGCUUGUUCUAAGAUUGCAGAGUUCUGUUUUAGUUUCUCUGAACUUAUUUCUUCUCAUUCUCUCUACUGAUGCACUUCAUGUUUCUUUUAUUUAUGCUCCAUGUUCCUCUUACUAGAUAGUUAUUUCAAAGGGAUUCAGUUGGUUGUUUCCAAAUAUCUUCAGGAAUAAUGAGUUUUGCUUUAAAAAAAAAAAAAAAAUUGAGAUCCACUGAAGAAUAUGGCAUGCAUUUUUUAGCUCAGUUUUCUUUUUUAAACAGUGAUUGUGUUGAAAAGGUCUGGGCAAAAAUACUAAGCAUUAAUUGUUUUGGUUAAUUGGUUAAAGUAUUCAGAAUAAUCAGUGAUCAGUUUGACCUUGGCAGUGUUUUUGGAGGCACCAUGGGAAAAUCAGAGAAGGAAACUUAUGGGACACUGAUACCUGAAUGCACAGGUGGGGGGCUCUGAAGUACUUCGUGUCUUAUACUUCCAUGUUUCCAUGUCUGUGCACACAAGUACGUGUGGUGGCUGGUGAGGCCCAGCAGAGCGCACGAGAAUGGGACGGAUGCCCAUUGCUGUGCUCUCUUGGGAGGAAGCCUUCAGGAUGCUGGGUCUGGUGGUAGAUGGUACCAAGAGGGCCCUGGGGGCACUGAGCAGAGCAGAACAGCAGUCCUUGUUUGAAAAUAGCUAAGUGUGUACUCAGGAAGAUUGAGAUUCCACUGAAGAAGUUGAUAUAUGUGAAACUGAUGUAAAUGAGAUGUUCUAUUGCCUUUUUAGCCUCUGGUUCACUUGUUGGUUUUAUGGUGGUUUUUUUAGUAGCCUGGGAGUGACUUGUUUUCUGUCAUCCUUUCUCCAUGGGGUUUGAUUCCUGCUACAUGCAUUUGAGGGCACUCUUACUGUUUAAGAAGGCCUUCUACACGGGCAGGAACUGUCCUGUUCCUUUAAAAGUCUGUGUAUCCUUGAUGAUUACACUUGGAUGAAGCGCUGUGACUCAGAUACAUCACCCCAAAUGGAUCCUAGUUUCUUUAAACCAGUCAUGAACUUUUAAGAUUCUUAAAAAAUACAUGCCACAAUUAUUUCACAUCUAAUUCGAGAAGUUUUGCUAUCAUAUGUGAACUUCUCCAGAAGAAAUCAUGGACAUUUUUCCUUUGGGGAAUUAGUUCUAAAUUCUGGUGACUAAUAAAAGGCAAACUUGCCUUUUUCAAUGCAGAGAUUUACAUUUUUUCUUAAACAGCCAAAACCCAUCUUUUGAAUUUCCUAAGUUGAGGACAUUGUCAGCUACUAGGGAGAUAAAAAUGUAUACAUUUAUCUAAUGUGUUUAAAAAAAAUUUAUUUUUAGAGAGAGGGGAAAGGAGGGAGUGAGAGAGAGAAACCCUGACUGGGAUUUGAACCAACAACCCUUUGAUUCGCAGGCCGGCACGCAGUCCACUGAGCCACACCAGCCAGGGCGAAUGUGUGUGUUUUUUUUUUUCAACCAGUGCUUACCAAUAUUAUUAAAAUGAAGUAAUCUGAAGAAUAAGCCUGAAAUGUCACUAUUUCUUUACACAGAAAAUAAAACUUAGCAGCCACAGGAACUAUCCCUAUGCAUUUGUUACUAAAGUUUUUACUUUGAAUAAGUACAAAAUCCCUUUUUUUAAAAAUGAGAGGAAGUAUACCCAAGUGGCCAGGGACCAAUACUUUUUUUUUUUUAAAUGAAGUUUUGUAAUUGUUUCCUGUGCUUUUUAAUAAUCCCAAGAGUACUCACUAGUCUAGCUAAGGAUACUCUCUUACUGGCAGCUUCCCUGAGACCAGGAUAGCAGCAGGAAACACUGGGUGGGCAAAUUAGGCAUCAGGGGACAGUCUGCUUCCCUAGUACUGAAUUGACCCUAUUUGGGUAUCUCCUGGUAAGGGGCCUGCCUGCCAUAUGGGGUCUUCACUGUACCGUGUACUAAUUGGGCCACUUUUAAUGUCAUCUUCCAAAUGAGUUUCCUCGUCAGUAGUAUAGGAACACCAAUGCUUUUGAGGGUCAUGAAGGCCAAUGACAGAGUAAACAUGGCUGCCAAGCACACCAACUGUCUACAGCUGUGCCCCUCAUGAGCCUAUCUGCUGCCUGAGGCUGCACCUGCCUGGAACCUGAGAGCUGGGGGAAUCGGCAAGAGGGUCACCCUCUUUCUGGUUCACUGAAUAGCUAUAGCUCCCCACCUGCGGCAGAAAGGUGAGGGGACCAAGGCCAAGGCCAGUUGGCUCAGUCCCAGAUUGUUUGCUAUGUGCUCUCCUGUGCACUUGGCCUCUGUUGUACCCCUGUGUCUUGCCCACACCCCUGCCAUCCCGACUCCUCCAGAAUGACCAUCCCUCAGUUUAUCACUGCCCAGCAGUUGAGGUACAGGCAGCACAGCCAGUCCCCGCACGAUCUCCAUGGAAUAAGGGUGUCCUGGAAGCUGCUCCCCUGCUGUCCCCAUUCACAGGUCCCAUCUGCCUUCCUAUGAUAUCUUCUGAGACCCCAAUUUAAGACUUACAUCCUGGGCUCUGGGCUCACAGACAUAGACUGGCUGGGUUAUAUCACAGAUGAUGUCGGCUGAUUAAACUGCACUUGAGUCUGUGGCUGUUGGUACUAUAAAGAAAUCCAGGGAGGGGGCAAGGGAAAGUGUUGGGGGUUAGGCAGAGACAAAUGUAUUUGAAAAAAUAAAUUUAAAAAAAGAAUGAUGAUCAAAAGCAAAAAAAUUAAAUAAAGCCUGAACAUCUCAAAAAAAAAAAAAAAAAAAAAGAAAUCCAGUUUUUUAGCCCCAUCUGGUAUGGCUCAGUGGAUUGAGUGCCAGGCUGCAAACCAAAAGGUCACCGGGUUGAUUCCCAGUCAGGGUACAUGCAUGGGUUGGGGGCCUGGUCCCCAGUUGGGGAUGUGUGACAGGCAACUGAUUGCUAUCUUUCUCGCACAUCAAUGGUUCUAUCCCUUUCUUUGUCCCUCCUUUCCCUCCUCUUUAAAAAUAAAAUUUUUUUUAAAAUCCA